ACACAGUUGAGGAAAGGGCGGAGUGAAUCACACUUCUCCACGUACAGUAAAUGUAGUCUCGGUUUUACACAGCGGGAAAGCGCUUCACUACAUCGACCAUAACAAUAUGGAGACUGUUAACUAUACACACGUUUCUUUCAUUUAAUGUAUGAAGUUUGUUUUCCUUUUAAAGUGCUCUUUUGAAGCGCACUCGUCAGGGAAGUGUGCAGUGGGAAGUCGCGACUGUCACUCUUUUAAAUCUUUCAGACUCUGUCAACAAAUAGCAGUUUAAAGUGCAUGUGAUGAUGAGAUCAGUUGACAGUCUUUAAUCUUCCUCCUGACGUUCAUAUGACCCUCGUCUGUUUCCAGCAGGACCUUCUCAUAAUGGAACUUCAUCAAAUCAGCGACCCCUUAACACAUUACACUGCUGAGCAGGUUAUGGAAAAAACACAACUGUCCUGCAAUGAGGAACCUGCGGAUAAACCAUCACAAUUCACGCAGAUUAAGGGUCCUGAUUCAAACACAGAGACUGUUGACCGACAAACACAUGAGCAAGAGCUUAACAGCAUCUCGCACAACAUGACAACAGAGAUGGACAGAAAUCAGCAGGGGGAUACUGAUCAUGUUCUGGAAAAGAAGCAAGACACCGAGCGUGAGAUACCUAGAGAAGAGAACAAUCCUAAAUGGAAAGGAGAGAAGAAAAAUAACAGAAAUCCCUUUUUGCCCGAACUUGCAGCAAGGAGCAAAACAGUGCAGAAGAGGAAUGGGAAGCAAGAUGGCGGAUAUGACAGUGACCCUGCAGACACUAAAGGCCGUAAGAAGCCCCUCAUGGAAUGGCUGGAUGACUUCCGUUUGCACGAAUCUCAGAGGGAAGAUGAAGAGGAUCUUGACGGCCUCAUGGAUUGGUGGAGCACUGUGGAACAAUGGGAGGAGAUGCCCAAAGGUGUCAACAUGACGGAGAAAGAAGAAGCCAAGGCUUUUGCUUUAACAGCUGAGAAGGUGCAGAAGGGCAUCCAUGUGUUUAACAAACUUUUCUCAGAACGAGCGGAGGGACUGUGGCAGCACGUGAUCGACCUGCACGCCAUCGCUGAUGGCCUGGACCGCUUUAACAAGAAGACCAAGAUCGCCCAGAUCACUGGCGGCUCCACGAGUGCUUUGGGGGGCAUUGCCACCAUCACCGGUCUCGCCCUGGCACCUUUCACCAUGGGAACCUCUCUGAUCGUGACUGCCGUCGGCUUGGGCGUUGCCAUGGCUGGCGGACUAACCUCGGCCUCUGCUGGGAUAUCCAAUACCGUCAACAACUCUUUGGAUCGCAAGAAAGUGGAACGCAUCGUGGAGGACUACCAAGAGAAGAUGGCCGACCUUAACAAAUGCAUGAAGUUCAUCAAGCAGGGAAUCACAAACCUGCGCAAGUUCAAUCUGAACAGGGUGAAGAAGCAUGCGUACAAUCAGGAUUUUCCUGGUUUUGAUGAUAUCUAUGAAGACGGCGCCAUGGCAGGCAAAGCCAUUCUAAGCAAUGCCAAUGAGAUCAUGCGAGUGAUGCAAGUAGCCAAUGCAGCCGGAACGACGGCGGCACGCGCCGUGCAGAUCGCCAGUAUAUCCACUGGUGUUCUGACUGGACUGUUUGUUGGGAUGGACAUAUACUUUGUGGCAAAAGACUCGCACGAGCUGAAAAAUGGUGCAAAGUCAGAAUUUGCUGCCAAGAUUAGAGAGGUGGCAGAGCAGUUACAUGAGGGUUUGGUGGAACUCAACAGCAUUCGAGAGGAGCUGCAGUUAAGCAACGCUGUGAACGAAAAGCAAGCAACCUCCUGACAAACACCUGCAGAUAUCUUCGCUUCCUUGAUUUAAUGAUUAUCUACAGGUAGAAAGGUGGAUGAAAGGUGCCACUGGUCCACGAGGCUCCGGUUAUUUUUUUAGAAAGUUACACAAAGCUACAUAGUUUCAGAGGCCUAUAGCUACAGCGCUGACACUUUCUGAGCUUUGCAUUUUUAGCUGCUAGUGCAAUAUUUGAUUUUUUAUUGACUUUUUAUUGACUUCCUUUAGCUUUUAUUAGACUAAAAGAAUAUGCAGUAAUAUGGUACAUGUAGUUUUGUAAUCUGUUUGAUGAAUUUGAUUGAGUGGUUUUCCAUUUGUGGUUUUAUUUUGUAAAUAUUUCCCUGUGGGUAUUUCUAAAACCUGGCAUAACACAGUGCAAGAAAAUCAUAUUCUUAUUCAUUUAGUCUUGUUUUCCAGCACAAAUAUUCAGACAUCCAUAAAACAAGAUAUAUUCACUUGAAGCAAAAGCAUUGUCUUGAUUUCAGAAAAAUCUAACACAAUGUUAGUUAAUGAAUGAUGUAUAAAAACAGACAUAAAACAGAAAAAAAUAAGUCUAACAAUGAGGUAAGAAAAAAUCCUUUAUUUUUCCUUUUUGAAUUACAUAUAUAUUUUAAAUUAUAUCAGAUUUUUCAUACUGUUUAUAAGAUGUUUAAAUGAUUGUAUUGGGAAAAAAAUUAGGGCUGUCGAUUGAUUAAUCGCAUCCAGAAUAAAAGUUUGUGUUUACACAAUAUAUAUCGGUUUGGUGUGCAUGUUAAUUUUGUUUUUAUAAAAACACACAUACAUGCAUAUAUUUAAGAAAAAUAUCAAAUAUAAAUGUAUGAACAUUUUUAUAUAAUUUAAACUAUUGGUAAAUGUAAAUAAAUACAUAUAUCUCCUAAAUAUGUGUACACGUGUGUGUGUGUUUAUAAAUAAAAAAAUAAUAUGCACAGUAUACAGACAUAUUAGGGAAACACAAACUCCUGUUUAGAUGUGAUUAAUCAUUUGACAGCUCUAAAAAACAAACAUAUAUAUUUUUUGCAGAGCAUUCUGUAUGUUUUUGCUAUCUAUUACAUUUUGCAGAGCAUUCUACGUGUGUUCCAGGACAAAUCCAUGUUAUGCAUCUUUUUGCUCUUUCAUUACAUAAAAUGAUUUAAUAACCUGGA